UUUAUUUAUUUUUUAAUAAAAAUAUCCACACAAGAGUAUACGAAAGUCACAAACUGAAACCUAACAUUCACAUUUCACUCCCUCCUCCGCCGCACCGGCUAACAAACCCGCCGUAAUGAAGUCACCAUUCACGGAAUCAACACUGGACGAGAACGACGUAGAAAACGAAGUACCGAAAGGAAAGAAAAAAGGUAAACACGAUAAACCAAAACCCUGGGACGACGACCCCAACAUCGACCACUGGAAGGUCGAAAAGUUCGAUCCAUCAUGGAACGAAGGUGGAAUGCUCGAAGUGAGUUCAUUCUCCACUCUCUUCCCUCAAUAUCGCGAAAAGUAUCUCCAAGAAGCUUGGCCUCUCGUUAAGUCCUCCCUCAAAGAAUUCGCCAUCUCUGCUGAACUUAACUUGGUUGAGGGUUCAAUGACAGUUUCAACUACCAGGAAGACUAAGGAUCCUUAUAUUAUUGUUAAAGCUAGGGAUCUUAUCAGGCUUCUUUCUCGGAGUGUUCCUGCUCCUCAGGCAAUAAAAAUACUUGACGAUGAAAUGCAAUGCGACAUCAUUAAAAUUAGCGGGAUGGUUCGCAAUAAGGAGCGUUUCGUGAAAAGAAGACAACAUCUUGUGGGUCCCAAUUCUUCUACUUUGAAGGCUCUUGAGAUACUCUCGGGCUGUUACAUUCUUGUCCAGGGAAACACUGUUUCUGUGAUGGGUUCAUACAAAGGUUUGAAGCAAGUUAGAAGGAUUGUUGAGGAAUGCAUGCUGAAUAAAAUGCAUCCCGUCUACAACAUAAAGAUUCUUAUGAUGAAGAAGGAACUUGAAAAGGACCCAGCACUUGCCCAAGAGAACUGGGAUAGGUUUCUUCCAAAGUUUAACAAGAAAAAUGUAAAGCAAAAGAAGGUUAGCGCUAAACAGAAGAAGCCAUAUACUCCCUUCCCUCCUCCUCAACAGCCUAGUAAGGUUGAUAUAGAAUUAGAAACUGGAGAAUACUUUAUGAGUGACAAAAAGAAAUCGAAAAAGAAGUGGCAAGAGAGGCAGGAGAAGCAGGCUGAAAAAACCGCUGAAAACAAAAGAAAACGAGAAGAAUCCUUUAUCCCACCCAAGGAAUCUGCAAAACCGGUGGAUAACUCUGAGGAUGCUAAUAAUAACGUAACUGAAAUGGCAAUGUCCUUAAAGGAAAAAACAAAGAAGUUUGGGAAGCGCAAAUCUGAAGAAAAUAUAAAUGCUGAGACAUAUAUUAUUGGGUCGUCAGAACAGUCAUCAAGAAAGAAAUCUAAGCAACAAAGGUCUUAAGCAUGAUCUUCAUUCUAGAGAUGGAAGAGGCAUUUGUGAUAUGAAUUUGAUCCAUAAAUUUUGAUCCAAUGGCUGUAACAUGUACCCUUCUGGGUCCUCUACAACUUUUCCCUUUCAAAUUCGGUUCCAGACACUUAUGUAUAAACUAUAUAUGAGACAAAUUUGGUGCAGUACAAUUUUGGCGGAU